AUGCGUUUCUCAACUACAUCGUCAGAGCUCCUGCUGCUCGCAUCAGCUGCUGGAUUUACCCAAGCUGCUGCCGGUUACAACAACAACGAAAAUGCCCCAGGCUACACCUGCCAACCCCAUUGCAUAGCAUCCACCAUCCCCAGCAAUGAAUCCUCCACCCUCUCCUUCGGCAAACACUACGCCGUCCUCAACCUCGACCUAAUCCCAGGCAUCAUGAGCCCCAUCAUCAACACCACCGCAGGCCAAACCUUCAUCAACUCCACUUCCACCUGGAUCAACGCCGUAGCAGCCCAAAACCCACCACCUCUCACUCUCUUCACGCGCAUAUACUUUUCCAACUCACGUCAACCCGAAAUCGGACCUCAAUCGCCUUUUGCCCAGGUCGCGGGGACGUUGGGCACGAGUGCGGAUCCUUUGACGGAGAUUUAUUCUGCGUUCCAAGUGAAUGAGACGAGGGGCGAUGUGGUGUUGCAGAAGACGAGGUAUUAUGCUGGUGCGGGGAAUGGGUUGGAGGAGAUUUUGAGGGCGCAGAGGAUUGAUACGGUGGUUUUGUCGGGGAUUAGGACUUCGGGGGUGAUUUUGAAUACGGCGUAUCGGUUGUUUGAUGCGGAUUACAAGGUAUAUGUGAUUGCAAACAACACCAUUGAGACGCCUCCUUCUGGACCGGACGUCAAUACUGCCAUCUUGGAGGGAGUACUUCCCAAAUUGCCGGCUGAUGUGAUUACGCUGGAGCAAGCACUCGCUGCGUUGAAGAGGAGUGGACCUGCGGUGUAUUAAGCUAUUGGCAGAUGUGGAUAAGUAUAUGUAUACAUAGUUGAAUGACUGAAAUGAGGAACGAGUGGCUUGAAUGGCAUCCUCUUCAUCUUGUCUAGCAUAUGACGGUCUUUUCAGAAAAGGUCGAAAAGUGGUGUGGAACAAGAGAAGUUGAGUCGAGCAGGAAAACGU